UAGCUACAGCCUGUGCGUAUAACAAAGACAGACGUUGGCGUACGGCCAAGGCAUAUGCAAGGGCUAGCGUCAGAAAGAGUCAGCUCCAUAGAGCACAAGAAGCAGAAAAAGAAUCCAAAAUUUUUAGCUCUCUGCUUCUGCUUUUGUUUGUGUCUUUGCAACAUGCAUUCAAUAUUUUAAUUUAGGUAUAGUGCAUGGAAACUAACAUUUAAGAAGUGCAAGUGUUGCAAGUGUAUCAACAAUGGCUUGAUUAAUACGCAAUAGAUAAAAGCCAAAACCACGCAAAACAAAAAACACUUUAUAGUGCGUGCGUGCGCCUGCAACAAAUUUACGUUGGACACACAUUCAUACAUUCGUACAUAUGUAUUAAAAGGAAAGGCGAAGAGAACUGAACAACUGAAAAUUAGCGUGUGUAAAAUAAUCGAGGAGGAGGAAAGUGACUGUGUUGAGUAAGGAAGGGAAACUAUAUAACUGAAUAACUGAGGAAAUUUUCUAAGAAAAGGGGGCGCAACGCUCCAAAAAUUGGAUACCGCUCGUGUUGCCCCCGCCCCAUUGAUAUGGCAAAAACUGCUGCUGGCCAGUAUGUACGCAAGAAACCAGUAAACUGCCAUCGCAUCAACGCCUGACAUGGAUACAAUAAUAAAAACAAACGUUGCUGAGAGUAGUUGUAAAUAGUUCUAUUUAUAUAUAUAUAGAAUCGCUAUAUAUAUGUUUAUGUAUAAAUAUGAAAACCAUAACGCCGGAUACAUCCACAUCAGCAGCGCCACAAGAACAGCAGCAGCAACAACAAAUGCCCACUCAAGGCGCCACCAUUCCACAACAGCGACAGCAUAUUAUACCUGUGAUUAUGGAAGCAACGGCGCACGUGAAUCUCGUAGACGAUGACGAUGAAAAAGAUCCAUUAGCUUUGGACAGCGCAGCGCAUCAAACGCUGCCAUUAGAGACGCCCCAGCAGCAGCAACAUCAACAGCAGCAGUCGGCGAUAAAUUCAACGUCACCCAACAAGCACACACAUAGUCUGAGGCGCCACCUGCCACGCAUCAUAAUGAAAUCCAUGCCACCUGAGAAAAAGGCAACAGCCAACAGUGAAGAUGCAUUGCAUAACAACGCUGCGUUACCGCCAACAACAUCAGUAACGUUAACUGCAGCUGCAGCGCAACUGGCGCCAUCACCUGCCAUCAACGCUGCCACUACAUCCACCUCCGCCUCGUCCUCAUCCACGACAUCUGCACCACCUGUGCGUGGCAUCAGCAGUCGUCGCAUCCAACAGCAGCAGCAAGCUAAGGCGGCUGCAGCGGCGGCGGCAGCAGCAGCAGCGGCAACAGCAGCCGCAGCAGCGGCAGCAGCAGCAUCAACAGCUUCACCGAGUUCUAAGGCUGUUACCCAAGCGUCGACAAUGCGAGAGGUACUGGCCUCGAUACCGGGAUUCAGUGUUAAGCCGCGUCGUCGCAGCAACAAGAAGCUUACAACUGCGGCGCAAAUUGAACAGUUUAAGGAUGGCAAAAUCGAUUUGGAAACGCCAGACUCCAUAUUGGCAUCCACAAACCUGCGCGCGUUGCUAAACAAACAAACAUUCUCAUUAUUGCCGCCACUGUACCAGCACAAUCUUAUUCAACUGUUGCCGAGCGUGGAUCGCGAAGCCAGCGAGGUUGUGCAGCCACCGCUGCAGCAGCCGGACGAGCCGAGUACAAGCAGUGGGAGUGGCAGUGGUAGUGUCAGCAAUAGCUCCCAUGAAGCCAUACGAUUAAGCGCCUCCUGCCUAAAUAACGAGUUCUUUGCACGCGCCUGCCUAGAGUGGCGAGAACGUCUUAGCGAAGGCGAAUUCACGCCAGAGAAUCAAAUAAAGCUGAAAACGGAAGCGGAACGGGAAAAGAACAAAGUCGAUCCCUGGAAAUUGAAGCACUUUGAGCCUUAUUGGGGCGAGAAAAAUGCGAAACGUGCACCGAAUUCCAACCCGCCCACCUGUAAGCUUAAGCUCGAGCCCCCAAAGCAGAAGCAGGAGACAACAGCAGCUGAUGCAGCUGAAGUGGUAACGCCACCACCACCACCAUCAUCAACACAAACACCAACAGCACCACCUCCACAGCCACAACAGCAGCAGCAGCAAGAACAACAACUACAACAAGCAACAUGUGAUAAUGAGACUGAACUGAAAUUUAAUAUUAGCACAAAGUGCGAAUCCACAACCACGACAACCACAACAUCAACAAUAUCCAUAGCCAGUGAGAAUACUGCAACUACUGGCAGUAGCGUAGCAACAUUAGCAACAGCAGAAACAACAGUGUCAACUAUCAAUGCAACAACAGAAACAUUAAAUAAAAGUAGCAACAACAUCAUUAGCAGCAGUAGCAACAGCAGCAGCAGCAACGCUAUAACGGAGCAACAUCGGCGGGUUCUGAAACGCCCGUCGAGCAGUCCAUCACGACGCAAACGCAGCGAUCUAUCGACAAUCGUCAGUGAGUUGCCAACAACGUCAAAAGAAAGCAAGCUAAUAAAACGAGAGGUUGUGGAGAUGAUUGUUCCUAAUACAACAAAUAUUGAUGAGCAUGCGACCGACGAGUUGGAUGCAAAAUUAGCAGUAACAAUAAACGACCAGCAGCCACUUAUAAACAGUACCUGUGCUAAAAACAAGGCAACAAAUACGGAGACAUUAACAACGCCAACACCAACAACAGCAUCUGCAUCAAUACCAGCAACAACAUCGAUGUCCACAUCAACAGCAGUAGCAGCAACAUCAAACAUUAUACCUACAACAAUUCCUGUGACUACCAAUCACUUUGCAGGCUACUCGCCGGAUGUGGAACUUGUUGAAGACACCAAAGCAACGCCUAAUGUGGCGCUACCAACAGCAACAACUGCGUCGACAUCGACAACCACAAGAAACCAUGACUUUGUAUUUGCAGAUACAAUCGAUCACGCUUACUUCCAUGAUCAUCAAGCAACCAUUAGCCACAAUUUCUAUUCCUCAUCAUCAUCAUCAAAUUCGACAGCAACAAUCAUUAAACUGGACGAUCCUUGUGAUAAGCAGAUUGAGGAUUCACCAACAAUGCCCAUGACAAUGGCCAGUAAUUCGCUGUCGACAACAACGUCGUCGAGUUCGUUGGCGUCCAGCAAUUGCACAUCGUCAUCGAUAUCAUCUUCGUUAUCAUCGUCCUGUUCCAGCAGCAACUCCUCGACAACGGCUGCCACAACAACGACUUUGGCAGCCCCAAUAUCGCUAGCAACAGCUGCUGAAACAACGCUUGCUGAUAUGCAAGCAAUGCUCAGCUCAGUGGCCACACUUCAACAGCAACAGGAGCAACAGCAACAAUCAACGCCCGCCGUGGAAUUAAAUUCUAGUGAAAUGUUUCAGCAUGUGCAGCACGAUUGGAACUUUGGUGGCAUUAAAUUGAUGACAUCGGCGCCAUUAAAUAGUGACGCAUCAACAAUCGACGAAUUGCAUGGAGCAGAGCAUUUAAAUGACGAGGCUAUCCACAUGAUGGAUGUGGUAAAUGAAGCAGAGGAUGAUGACAUUGUGGAAUGUCACAAUCUGCUGGACAAUAAUGUCACCGAGGCAGCGGCCGAAGAGGUUGACGAAGACGAUGAGAAUGUCGAUGAGGAUGACGAUAUUGUUGAAUGCAUUGACGCUGAGCCACAAGACCAGGAUGAAGUGAUGAGUGCAAUGGUUGAUCACGUUAUCGAGGACAGCGAGGGCGACACUGUGCGUGAUAUUGUAGACAAAUUGCAGCAGCAUCAUCAACAGCAGCAGGAACAACAGCAACAGCAGCAGCAACAACAUCAAUUGCAUGCGCAAAUUCAGGAUGUGGUGCAAUUAGCGCAACAUUCGUUUAUACCACAAGCGCAUAACGUCGACUAUUCAAAUGAGAUUACGCAUGAACUGCUGUGUGAUGCAGUGCCCAUGUCGGCAGCCGAAAUGGAGGUAUCCAGCACGGUUAUUACGAACAGCAGUAACAGCAACGACAGCAGCAAUAACUUGAGUUUAUGCAGCAGCAGCAGUAGUAGUAUUGCGAUUAAUCAGCUACCGCAACAAGCAACUGCACCUGCUGCAGCGCCUCCUCAGCAGCAGCGUCAGAUUCUGGUUGAUUCCAAUGGUCAGAUUAUUGGGAAUUUCCUUUUGCAACAACAACAGCAGCAACAGCGCCAGCAGCAGCAACUGCAGCAGCAGCAAUUAUUACAACAGUUCACCUUGCAAGCAGCUGCACAACAGCACCAACAGCAGCAACAACAGCAGCAGCAGCAGCAACAACAUCAACAAGUGCAACAGCAGCAAGCAACUAGCAGCAAUGCGUUACAUAAAACACAUCAAACGUUGCCCAUAACGUUGCGCAAGCCUUUUGAGAUUAACAGCAAUGGGGCUCAGCAGUUUUUGGCACCUAAUCUUCUCGCACAGCAGCAGCAGCAACAACAACAGCAACUCGAACAGCAACAGCAAGCACAGCAAAAGCAACAACAACUACAACAAUUUGCUUUGCAGCAGGCUCAAUUGCAUCAAAGACAAUUGCUAGCGCAGGUAGCUAACAACAAUCUGCUGCAACAACAGCAACUGCAGCAACAACAACAACAACAGCAGCAGCAACAAAGCUAUCAACAACAGCCGCAACAAAGCGUUGUGCCGCCCAAGUUCAUAGCUAAACCCCUGAACAUUAUAUCGAUGACACGACCAGCCAAUGCAUCGCCCAACACCGCUGCAACGCCUGCUGUUGUCGCAACACCAACAGCAGCAAAUAACCAACAGAUUCCGUCCAGCUAUGCCAAUGUUGUUACGGCAGUUCAGCAGCAACCAGCAACAGCUCAACAGCAGCAGCAGCUCAAUCACAACAGUAAUUUGCAACAGCAACAACAGCAGUCUGUGCAGGUACCCGUCUCAGCAGUUAACAAUGUGUUAACAAUGAAAGCAAUGCCGCCAUCAGGUGUACCGACCACUAUAGCCCAGCAACGAUUGCAGCCUAAAAUGCCCACGGGCAAGGGACGCAAGGCGACCACCAAUAGAUUGCCACCGGGUGCUGUUAAUCUAGAGCGAAGCUAUCAAAUAUGUCAGGCUGUAAUACAGAACAGUCCAAAUCGCGAGAACCUCAAAGCCCAACUGCGACCGCCGGCAGCUAUUCUCAGCCAGCAGCAGGCAACAACAACUGUCAGCAGCACUAGCAGCAAUACGGCAUUGAAUGUAUCUACUGUGGCUGCCACACCGAUGAGCAAUCUCAGCACGGUUAGCAGCAAUGUGAUAGCAACAGCUGCUGCCGCCGCAGCCCCACAGAAUUUGAAGCAGGAGGAACUGCUUGUCGGUGGGGCGGCCACAGUUGCUGCAGCGCCAGCCCUGCCCUCCGGUAUGCCACCUAAUGUAAUGGGUGUGGGGAGACCAGGUGUCUACAAGGUAAUCGGACCUCGCAUGGGAGGCUUUCCGCGUAAGAAGUAUGUGCAGAGAAAGCCAUCACCCACAACAGUUAUACGACAUAUGAUGACAGCGGCGCCAGGUGCCGCCAGCAAUGCUGCACAGCAGCUGCAGUUGGCAACUGGGCAACAGGUGGCACAGCAGGCGCCGCCAACGACACCGGAACAGCUCCUGCAUCAGAAUGGAACUGGGCAAUACGUGUUGGUUCAUCGCGCCAAUGUGGGUGCAGCUGACAAUCAAGCGCCACGUGCCUCGAGUGCCCCACCUAUGCAUCAAAAUCAGUUUGUCACCGUGCAGAAUCCGUUGCACAAUCUGAACGGAUUAACAAUGGGCGGACGCGGGCGUCCGGCAUCUGUUGACAAUAACACGGCUGGCAACGGUGCGCCAGUGAUUGCCAACAAUGAUGCACUGCAUCAUCAUGAACUGCACCCGCAGCAGCAGCAGCUGCAACAGCAGCAGUUGGGCAAUGUCAGUGCGGCCGCGAAUAUUGUGCGGCGCAAUGUCGCUGCAGGAACCAAUAUCACCUACAUUGAUGCCACUAACAACAGCACUUCGGCACCAGCAACUACUCUGAUUGAAGCUGGCAAUAACUUUAUGGUAACAACCAGCACUACAUCGACAACAGCUGCUGGCAGCAUUGCUGGCAAUCAGGUACAAAUACAGCAGACAACUCAACAACAGCAGCAUCCAUUAUUGCAAAUGCAACAAAGCGGAGAGAACACGCCACCAGGCAACGAGGCAACAACCAACAACAGCUGCGCAUGUGCACUAAACGCGAUGGUCAUUUGUCAGCAGUGCGGUGCUUUCUGCCACGACGACUGCAUCAAUGCAGCCAAGCUGUGCGUUGCCUGUGUGAUUAGAUGAAAGCUACGCCUGCAGAUGCAACUUGACAACGUAUUAUAGUAGUAUAUAAAUAUUUAUAUAUAGAUAAUACCCAUAUUAAGAUGAACUGGCUAUCUAAUAUCGUAUUGUAUUGUGAGUCUUAGUUGAAACGUCAGGAAAAGAAACAUUUGACAAGACAACAGACAGCAAACAUAGACAUUUUUACUCGACAAAUUUUUGUAAGCUAAUGACUAUAAUCAAAAGCAUAAGAACGUACAGAACUCGGAGUGCAGCGAAGGCUUGUGCUUGUGACAAAAAUAUAUACAAACCCCAACUCAUCAUAAAUACACACAUAUAUAUAUAGUAUAUAUCCAUGUAAACUUAGGCAUGUUGCAGCAACUCUCAAAAACUUUUGUAUAAAUCAUUACAAAUGACCUAUAGAGAUACAGACAUACAUUUAUAAUUAUGGGGAAAGUCGAAGCAAAUGUUGAGUACUUUGCGCUUAUCGCAUAUCCUUGAGAUGUGAGUUGUUUUCGUAGUUUGAUUCUCAAGGAUAUUGAAAGACCAGAUACAAUAUAGAAACAAGCAUUAACAAGAACCGAAACAAAAAACAUACUGUAAUUAAAGAUAAAUACAAAAAAGGGCAGCAAAACCAAUAAAAUACGAAAAGCAAGUAUAUGCUUAGUGUAUAUAUUUAUGUUUAAUAUUAGUUGUAAAUUAAAAGUAAAAA